AUGGCGUUCCUUAACCUACCUGAAGAAAUGGAAAUGGACGUACUCUCGAGACUUCCAGUUGAAUCUCUUGUGCGAUUCAAGUGCGUAUCCAACCCAUUUCGCUCUUUAAUUUCUGAUCCCUAUUUCGUCAAAUUUCAUCUCAAUCGAUCAAUUCUCUCUAAGAAUGGCCAGAAAAUCCUUUGCUCUCGUUUCCCUCGUCAAUCAAUAGACUUUGAAUCAUUACUUGACGACGACGAUGACAACAACAAAAAACCACAAAUUAAUGAUGAUAGUAAUGCGAUUUGUUAUGUUGUUGACGAAUUGAACGUUAUCUUAUACAACCCUUCCUCUAGAGUCUCCAAAAAGUUGCCAGAAAUACCCAACACUCCUCUAUUCUUUGAUAAGAGUCGUAGGAUUGAGUGUUAUUAUGGGUUUGGUUUCGACUCCGACAACGAUGAUUACAAGAAUGUUUGUAUGUAUGGUCUUAUCUCAUUUUGUGCUAAUGGAACUUUUGAUGGGUAUGGGUGGUUGAUGAAGGAAAAUGGCGUGAAGGCAUCUUGGACUAGGUUUCUCACCCUCCCAUCUAACAUAGGCUAUGGCGCCAUACCUUUAUGUUACUUGAGGAAUGGUGAAAUUCUACUGAAGAUUGAAUCAGUACCAGGAGUCAUUGAUCGAACAUGA